CCCAAACAAUUCCACAGCUCCACGACAGAUGACGCUGCUAUAAACUCUAGGAAACACCAAUACAGCUGGAAAAUGGACACAAUGGACACAACAUAUUCAUCCACAGAUGCGCCAAUGGGAGAUGCACCCCAAGACACGCCAGCUUCCGAGGAAAUCUCCCACCCCUCCUCGAUACCUCAAAAGCGCGUGUUGGAGGAUGACCAUGUGCCAUCCGUAUCUUCACCACUAAACCCAGACUUCAACAAGGUGCCGAAGGAUGAGGCGCCAGCAGCUAAGGAGCGCGCAGCUCGCGCCAAGAAGGAAUCAUUCAAAAAGCGCGAAGCAAAAGGACCUGCUGCCACAGAAGCAAGAGACAGCCCAGAUCCGGCCGGCCCAGCCAAGCAGAGGAAGACGUCUGACGUCCUCGCCCCUUUGCGCUACAAGCUAGCUCCACCGAGGCUCGCAGAUUUUGAACCUCCACAAGGGCCAGUAUUCACACCGAGUCAUACGAUUAAAGGCCCCGAUGGCGCACCGAUACAAUUCCAUGAAGCUUCGGACUAUGCCUCCAAUAAAAAGAACUAUCGUUAUACUCAUUGUAUCGCCGACCCCGAAUUCCCCUCGUCUCUGUUCUACCGCCAGUCCGAAACUGCGCCCUUCACCCCACGUCUUAAUUUUGAAGAUCAGGCGGGCCAUAUGUUCGUGGACCCGGCAGGUCGACAUGUUUCGACUGACAAAGGCUUCCGCAUGGCGAAAGCAAAUGUAUGCGUAAGAGAAGGACGCUACUACUGGGAAUGCAAGAUCACAAGCGGUAUACCAAAGCAGGGCGAAACGAGCGAGGGGCAUGUACGAGUGGGUUGGGCAAGGAGAGAAGCUACAUUGGAAUCUAUGUGCGGUUUCGAUGCCUACAGUUACGGAAUUAGGGAUGUCACUGGCCAAAAGGUCCACCUGUCGCGCCCAACCGCAUUCUUUCCACCAGGCGAAAAUAUAGAGGUCGGGGAUGUGGUAGGACUGGAGAUCAACCUUCCAUCGCUAUCGCUACACAGCAAGGUUGUUGAAGGACGAUAUAACCCAGCCGUGGAUCUGGAAGACGAUGAGCCGGAGCACACAGUCUCCGAUAUCAUACGGGACCGAGUUCCCAUACGAUUCAAGUCCCACCUCUACUUCGAGCAGAUCGACUACCUCCCAGUGAAAGAGCUUGAAGACUUGAUGAAUCCUGCUCCGACAGGAACUGGCAGCGGUGGCUCAAACCAGAAACCAAGCGCAACGCAUCCGGUGCCUGCCAUGCGCACCCUGCCAAACUCCAGCAUCAAGGUCUAUAAAAACGGAGUCUACAUGGGCGAGGCCUUCAAGGAUCUCUUCGCAUUUCUACCCCCAGCGUCGUUGCCGCAGGCCCAAGUGGGUGCUCGAGAAGGUCUGGAUGAUGGGAUGCUGGGCUACUAUCCGGCAGUUAGUGUUUUCCGUGGGGGCGCUGCUGAAAUCAACCUUGGCCCCGACUUCUGGUUCCCUCCGCCUGGAUCCGAUGUGGAUGAUGACGAGGUCGACAUGGUUGGAAGCGACCAGCAAGCACCACCCAAGGGCAAAAAAGCGAAGCCCGUCUCCGAAAGAUUUGAUGAUCAGAUCGCCGAGGAUAUCGUUUAUGAUCUUAUUGACGAGGUUGAUUUCUGGAUGCAGGAUGGAUUUGUGGUGCUCAACCAGGCCCGCAAUACGGCAAUGGCUCACCCUACGGCCACGAAUGGGAAUGGAGAGCUAGGGGAAAACAUCAUUCCUCACGGCGAGAUCAAGGAAUUGGUUCAGGACGAGGAGUAAUGAUGGAUAAUGAAUAAUGCGGCGCAAAAGCACCAGGCGACAGUCGGGAUUAUUAUCGUUGUGAUCAUUGCCCUGGAACAAUUGAUGGCACUCCCGAUAGGUUCAAUUAGCCCGACAACGCUGUUUACUACAGUAAACCACAGCAAAAGUAUUGAAACAAUGUUUCACCUCAUGAAACCGAGGUGCCUGGAUAUGUCAUGAUGCAAAUGACGAAAACAGAGCCGGGCCGGGAUGCCCGGGACGCACAUCUGGAUGGAACCAUUGAGGUGGCUUAAACCACCCGGGGGUUUAAGAAGAUUGUAAGACAUAAAUUCAAGAGACCCUUAAGUUGCAAUUGCAACCGGCGGAUUUCUCAACCGCGUUGUUAACUAUUUGUACGAAUAUAUCUCGACAGAUAUCAAAGAUUAAACGGAGAUUUCGGGAGCUGAUG